AUGAGGUCAACUCCUGGGCUGCCAGCCACAUGGGCAGCUCUGCUGUGUCUUCUGGCAGCUUUGGCCUGCUUGCUUAACCCAGCUUUCUCGGUCAAGGAACACGACUUUAAAAAGUGUGACCAGUCCGGAUUCUGCAAGCGAAACCGCGCCUUUGCCGACGAUGCUGCAGCUCACCGAACGACCUGGAGCUCUCCGUACGAUGUUAUUCCCGAAUCGGCCAGCCUCAAAGAUGGCCAAUGGCAGGCUGUGAUUCUCAAGACGAUCAAUAAUGGCGAGAGGGCGCGGUUUCCCAUUACCGUUUCUCUACUGAAGAGUGGUGUUGCCCGCAUCUCUAUCGAUGAAGAGAAGCGCCAAAAGAAGGAGAUCGAACUACGACACAAUAGCAAAGCCCGAAAAGAGCGUUACAGCGAGGCUGAGGACUGGGUCAUUGUCGGUGGACUGGAGCUGGACAAGCAGGCGCAGGUCGCCUUCCAGGACAAGUCCCAGGUCAAUAUCAAAUAUGGCGGCGAUCAGGACCUGGAGGUUGUCAUUAAGUUUUCACCAUUUGAAGUCGAUUUCAAGCGUGGCGGCGAGUCUCAUGUCAGGUUCAACGAUCGUGGACUCUUCAACAUGGAGCACUGGCGACCAAAGAUAGAAAAGCCCACGGCCGAGGAGGGUAAGGGUGAAGAUGGCACGAAGAACGAUAGCGGCGAGGAUGAGAGCACGUGGUGGGAUGAGUCCUUUGGUGGCAACACUGAUUCAAAACCCCGUGGGCCGGAGAGUGUUGGCAUGGAUAUUUCGUUUGUUGGAUAUGAACAGGUCUUUGGCAUCCCUGAACACACUGGGCCAAUUUCGCUCAAGCAGACCAGAGGUGGUGACGGUAACCACCAGGAGCCUUACCGUCUGUAUAAUACCGACGUGUUUGAGUAUAUCCUUGACAGUCCCAUGACGCUAUACGGCGCCAUCCCCUUUAUGCAGGCUCAUCGCAAGGACUCCUCUGUUGGCGUCUUUUGGCUCAACGCUGCCGAGACGUGGAUCGACGUUGUCAAGGAAAAGGACAGCAAGAACCCCCUCAACCUAGGCAAGGGGUCUACCAGCACGCACACGCAUUGGUUCUCCGAAGCCGGUAUUUUGGAUGCGUUCGUCUUUAUGGGCCCGACACCCCGCGACCUGACAAAGAGGUAUGGCGAACUUACCGGUUAUACUGCCAUGCCACAGGAGUUUUCGAUUGGAUAUCACCAGUGCCGUUGGAACUACAUUUCAGAUGACGAUGUCAAGGACGUCGAUCGACGGAUGGACAAAUAUAAAAUCCCUUACGACGUCAUCUGGCUUGACAUUGAGUACACAGAAGAGAAGAAGUACUUCACCUGGGACCCUCAUGCCUUUGCCAACCCCGUUAGCAUGGGCCAGCAGCUGGAUGCCCAUGGCCGCAAGCUUGUGGUCAUUAUUGAUCCUCACAUCAAGAAGGUGGACAACUAUCCCGUCAGCUCUAACAUGCUCUCAAAGGACCUUGCCGUCCACAACAAGGACGACGAAACAUAUGAAGGAUGGUGCUGGCCCGGCUCAUCUAACUGGGUCGACUGUUUCAACCCCAAGGCCAACGAGUGGUGGAAGACUCUUUUCAAAUAUGAUUCGUUCAAGGGAACAUUGGAAAACACGUUCCUCUGGAACGACAUGAACGAACCCUCGGUAUUUAACGGCCCGGAGACCACUAUGCCGAAGGACAACAUUCACUUUGGCAACUGGGAGCACCGUGACAUCCACAACUUGAACGGCCUUACGUUCCACAACGCAUCUUGGGAAGCCAUGGUUAGCCGUAAGAAGGGAGAGAAGCGGCGCCCCUUUAUUCUCACUCGUUCCUUCUACGCCGGGUCCCAACGACUUGGCGCUAUGUGGACGGGCGACAAUCAAGCCAGUUGGGAACAUCUGGCUGCCUCUAUCCCCAUGGUCCUCAACCAAGGUAUCUCCGGAUUUCCUUUUGCAGGUGCCGACGUUGGUGGUUUCUUUGGCAACCCUGACAAGGACCUGAUGGCUCGCUGGUACCAGACAGGUAUAUUUUACCCAUUUAUGCGUGCCCACGCUCAUAUCGAUUCGCGCCGUCGCGAGCCGUAUAUGCUCGGCGAGCCUUACACCGAAAUCCUAACCAAGGCUCUUCGCCUGCGUUAUUCUUUGCUCCCCUCGUGGUACACUGCAUUCUUCCACGCCAACCGCGAGGGUAGUCCCGUUGUGCGUCCCAUGUUCUGGACUCACCCAUCCGAGGAGAGCGGCUUUGCUAUUGAUGACCAACUCUUCGUCGGUACUACUGGCCUUCUUGCCAAGCCUAUUGUCGAGAAGGACAAAUUCUCUACUGAUAUUUGGAUUCCUGAUGACGAGGUCUACUUUGACUACACGACUUACCAGGUAAUGAAGACCCAAAAGGGCAAGCGAGUCACAGUUAACGCAGCGAUCGACUCUGUUCCCCUCCUCAUGCGAGGUGGUCACAUUUUCCCUCGUCGCGAUAUUCCCCGUCGCUCUAGCGCGGCCAUGCGCUUCGACGACUACACCCUCGUAGUUACUGUCUCCAAGGACGGUUCCGCAGAAGGCGACCUGUACGCAGACGAUGGCGAUACCUUUGAUAAUGAAAAAGGCCAGUACAUCUACCGCAAGUUCAGCCUUGCUGAUAACGUCCUCACAUCUACUGAUGCCGAAGGUCGCAACGCCAAGUCGGUCAAAGCGGGGAGUUGGCUUAAGGCCAUGCGCGACGUCCACGUCGAUCGUAUCAUUGUUAUCGGCGCCCCAGCAAGCCUGGACGUCAAGGAAGUGCAGGUCGAGUCGGAGGGCAAGAAUUGGGCAGUCAAGGUUGAUUACCACGCUGCUGAGAAAGGCAGAGCUGCGUUUGCUGUGCUUGGCCGUGUGGGUACUAAGAUUGGCGAGGACUGGAGCAUUAAGAUUUGA